AUGGCUUACGUCAAUGAGCAACCCAGUUAUGUGCCACCCGAGCUGGUAAGUUGUUCACCGAAUGCUUGCAACACAAGGUACUAUUGCUAUUUGAUAGAGAUGAGACAUGAUUUCAACCAUGACAUACCUGUUCAUGACAUUGUUCUUUCAAUGGGGAAUGAACUUGACUCAGAAAUCACAAGCACAUCAUUUGAUAUGUUUGUUGACAAGGGGAACAUGUCAGUAAACCUCACACAUGUAGAAACCAUUGAUCUUAGCCCAAAUGAGGUUCAAAAAUGUAGAAGAUUUCAAACCACCCUCUUUAGGAUCCUUGUGGAUAGGUCCGUGAAAAAGUUAAUUUGUGCUUCAGAUGAGUUUAGUUUGGGAGGUAAUCCUGAGAUUGAUUAUCUUUUGCUCCCAGCCACUGCUAAACACCAAAGAUCUUCAAGUUCAAUUGUUGAUUGGAAGCCUAUUUCUUCCUUUCCCUUUUCACCUGAAAGCGCAUGCGAUUGUAAGUAUCAUUUUGAUGAUGAGUGGACCAAAACUGGUUUAGUUUGCUCUUGCAAACUUAAAAAUUGUGUGGUCUCCACUCCUCAUAAUGGUUCUAUUUAUAUAAUUAGUGAUAUAGUGGAGUUGAAUGGAAACUCACAUCUAGUGCCCCUAAGAGGUAGCACAGCUACUACUUUCAAGGAGUACUUCAAAAACAAAUAUAGCAUAGAAUUGAGUUUUGAAGAUCAAUCCCUACUUCAGAGAAGAAGUGUUUUUAAAGUGAACAAUUACCUGGUGUGGUGCAGACAAAAGAAGGAAAAAGGUUUAAAUUCUAAUCUUGGUUGCUCGUAUCUUCUUUUCCUGAUAUUGCCUUUUGUGACUGAAAUCACCUAA